GCCUCAUUAAUCACAUACACAAUUAAUGUAGAGGAAACAUACAUUUUACCAAUAAAGUCUCAAAAAUGUUACAACUAUCUUAUAUAGUAUAAAUCCCCGGAAUUAGAAAGAAGAAGCAAUUGAACAAUUCACAAUACAAUACAUCAUGGCCAUCAACACAACUACCGUCACCAAAUCCAUGGCUGCAGCCUUCUUCACAAUCAUCGCCAUGGCUGCGUUGGCAUCUGCAACCACCGGUUUGGUUCAGCCUCCUGAAUCUGACCACUUGGUUAACAAAUGUAUGGCUAAGAUAUCUUCAAGGUGCGCGAUGUAUGUCACAGCAGAAAUGUAUAACCAUGGUCCGCUGAAACAAAACGGAUGUUGUCUAGAAGUUUAUCACAUGGGACGUAUUUGUCUCCACCUCAUGACAAAGCAUGUCAUCGAGACACUUAUUCCCAAGGUUAAAGGUCACAAGAAAUAUGACUCUCUCGCGAAAAGCACACAGAUAUGGUAUCUUUGUGUUCCGGUUUAA